AUGGGUAUCGCUGUCAGUGGAGUCGUCUUCUUCACAUCGCUAGUGAUCACGGGAUGGACGGCUUUGUUCAUGGUCUUGACCCCGUUCUUCCUAUUGGUGACAAUACCGUUACCCGAGUUUAUACCGAUCAAACGCUUCUACCGUCACGUCACUCGCUUCAUCCAAUGGGCGUGGAUGGGUCAAGUGGUUUUGCUGCUUGAGAAAUUAUUCGGUCUUCAGGUACGGGUCUAUGGAGAUGCCGAGACUAAAGCUCAUGAAAGUGACAUGUCACAAGACCGGGCGAUGUGGAUAUCAAACCACCGGACGCGUAUUGACUGGAUGCUUCUGUGGAGCGUGGCAUGGCGGACGUGCACAUUGCAUCAAUUGCGGAUUGUGUUGAAGGCCCCGCUACGCAAAAUCCCCAUCUUUGGCUGGGCCAUGCAGCAUUUCAUCUUUAUUUUCCUCCAACGCCGAUGGGAGGAUGAUGUGGUGCAUCUGCAAAAGUUGCUGCCGUUCCUCACUUCGGCUGAACCUGGGGCUUCGUACCUGCUCUUUCCUGAGGGCACCGAUCUCAGUGCGAGCAAUGUGAAAAAGAGCAACUCUUUUGCUGACAAGAACGGUCUCCCGCGCCGUCAAUUCUCGUUGUAUCCGCGCACGACAGGCUGGACAUUCAUGUUCCCAUUGCUCUGCUCCCAACUUACCGCUGUAUUCGAUAUCACCAUGUUCUACAUGGACUAUGCUACGAACGAACGCCCGUCAGAGCAGUCGCUACUUUCUGGUCGUGUGCUACGGAUGAUCUACUUCUAUAUCGAGCGGAUCGACAUCUCGGCGGUACGCGGCAAAAGUGAGAGUGAACUUGCAGCAUGGCUGGAAACCCGUUUCGAGCGUAAGGAGGCUCUGCUCAAGACAUUCUAUGAGUCGGAUGGCAAGCUUCCAAGUGGAGCUGAACCUCUUUUCGAGGAGAGUCAGGGGCCUGCCACGACUGUGUUAGUGACGUUCUGGGUUGGGUUGAUCGGUACUGCCACACUAUGCUGCCUGGCCAACAAGCUGUUCGCAUUUGUAGCUGCCGGGUUGGUAGUUGCUGGAUAUCUCGUCAUCAGUACUUUCGGCCCGGGCAUUGAUGGGUAUCUAGUGGAAAACUGUAAGCCGAAGGACUUCCUGGGCUCAACCAAGAUCUGCUGA